AGGAGACUGAGAAGGGAGGGUACGAGGGGGUGGGGGGCUCCGGGAGCCCGCGCUCCGGAAGUGAAGCGGCCACUCCGCCCGCUAAUGGACGCGCGGCAGCCGCCCGACAGACUGCUCUCGGCACCAGGGUGAGUGUCGGAUAGCUACAGCUGAACCCGAAGGAGCAGACCCUGGCCCAGAGUCCCUCUCCCCGACCUGUCUCACUGCAUUGCUAAGGAGUCCUUGCCACCUUGCUGUGUGACUCCCCAGAGAGUGCUAGAGUGGAAGCCACCUCCCCGCUGACUAGAGGUGAAGUGACAGAAACCAGGAGAUAGUGGGCAAAGCAGUUGUUCCAGGUGCCUCCUGGUGACAAGAGUCAGCACCACGCAACUACGACCAGCCCUUGGAGACAGCAGCAAACCCGCUGCAGAGCAACAGCCCACUCUACCUACAUUGCAGGACCCAUCCGAUUGGCUGUGGAUCUGAAGACACACCGGGGAGUAUCUGGCUCCUUGCUACUGGGUUAAGGGACAAGGCACUUGGUCCACAGGCUUUGAGUUGCUUGGAGACCAAGUCCAGAGACAUACCCUGGGACAAUGGCAGUGGCCCUGCUGGAGGAGUGGUGUAAGAUCAUGGGUGUGGAUGUUCAGAAGUCACUGCUGGUGACCGGCAUUCCAGUGGACUGUGGUGAGCCUGAGAUCCAGACAGUCCUCCAGGAGGCGCUGAAGUGUGUCGGCAGCUACCGGCUACUAGGCAAGAUAUUCCAGAAGCAAGACAACACCAGUGCUGUCUUUCUAGAACUUAUGGAAGACACGGAUAUGUUUGUGGUCCCCAGGGAGGUGCAGGGGAAGGGAGGUGUCUGGAGAGUGAUCUUUAAGACCCCUAAUCAGGACACUGAGUUCCUCCAAAGACUGAACCUGUUCCUAGAGAAAGAAGGGCAGACGGUCGCAGGGAUGUUCCGAGCCCUUAAGCAUGAGGGAGUGUCUCCAGCUACCACACCCUGCACAUCCCCUGAGUUAUUGGCCCACUUGGUGGGGCAGGCAAUGGUUCACGCCCAGAGGCCCUUGUUGCCUGUGAGGUACUGUAAGCUGAGAGUCUUCUCUGGAAGCACAGUAGCUGCCCCAGAGGAGGAGCCCUUUGAGGUCUGGUUGGAACAGGCCACUGAGAUAGCCAAAGAAUGGCCCAUUCCUGAGGCAGAAAAGAAACGGUGGGUGGCAGAGAGCCUCCGUGGCCCUGCCCUGGACCUCAUGCACAUAGUACAGGCAGACAACCCUUCCAUCAGUGCGGAAGAAUGUCUGGAGGCCUUCAAGCAGGUGUUCGGGAGCCUGGAGAGCCGUAGAACCUCUCAGGUAAAAUACCUAAAAACCUAUCAGCAAGAAGGAGAGAAAAUCUCAGCCUAUGUGCUCCGACUGGAAACUCUGCUCCGGAGAGCUGUGGAAAAAAGGGCCAUCCCCCGGAACAUUGCUGACCAGGUACGCCUGGAGCAGGUCAUGGCUGGAGCCAACCUUAGCAAUGUUCUGUGGUGCAGGCUACGGGAGCUGAAGGAUCAGGGCCCACUACCCACCUUUUUGCAACUGAUGAAGGUGAUACGUGAGGAAGAAGAAGAAGAGGCCUACUUUGAACAUGAGAGCAGAGAGGAGCAGAGGGCAAGGGAGGGCUCUGGUCGCUCGGACAAUUCGAGGAACAACUGAGAGACAUCCCCAUUCUGCUCCUGAUCUCAGGGUCGUAGGGAUAAUGCUUGACAAGGCUAAUCCCAUUAGAGUGGACUCUUCUUUAAAGUGCAGGAUGGAAGUCAAACAUUAGGACCGAAGGUUUUUGUCUUUUUUUCCUUUCUUUUGUUUUGAUGGGGGUCUCACCUUAUAGACCAGGUUGGCCUUGAACUGGCAUUCCUCCUUCCAAGUUCGGAGUUCUGGCAUUAGAGGAAUAUACCACUGCUAGAUCCUCAUCUUGGUUUUUCUUUCUGAGAAAAAAAAAGCCUGGAGUUUGAUGGACUCUAUGUAGAUUGUUUAAAAAAAAAGAAAAGAAAGAAAGAAAGAAAGGAAGGAAGGAAGAAAGAAAAGAAAGAAAAGAAAAGAAAAGAAAAAUCAAGACUAAGUUCCAAUACCUAGAACUCCUGAACUUUAGUUUCCUUUAAGUACACGAAGGUUGGCCAGACAGCUCAGUUUGUCAAGUUGCUUGCCAAUCUCUUCAGAGGGAGUAAUAAUGUGAACAGGAUAUAGAAAUUGGCCAGGCAGGGGCUGGAGAGAUGCUCGGCCAUUAAACAUACUUGCUAUUCUUUUGGAGAACUUCAGAUCACAGUACCCAUGUGGGGGUUCACAACUAUCUAUAACUCUUGUUUCAGGAGAUCCAACACCACCCUCUGGUCUCUUUGGGCACUGCGCACAUGUGGCACACACACAUACAUGCAGGUCAUACAUGUAAAAUAAAAAAAAAUAAAUCUUUAGGAAGAAAAGAACCUGGCUAGGCUGUUUCCAGGCAUUCCAAAAGUGUCCCUGGUUCUCUGGUCCAUGAAUGUCACAAGGAGUUCUGACUUCCCAUUUUCCCCUCCCUGGAGGUUACACUUGAGGGUGGGACCUUCAGCCAGACACUAAUCCAUUUGUAGACAGCUUUAGAAUUAGGCCCAUAGAUUUUUCGUGAUAAAAUGGCUUAUACCUAUCCCCCAACUUUAGCCCAUCUCCUAAAUGAUUUUAGGGUUACCUCAUCAGAGCGGAGAAUUUACAGCAGCCCUGAUCAGGGUUUUCCUGAGUCUCAAUAAGAGAAAACUAUUGCCUUCUGGUCAGAAGAAUGGAAUCUACCUCUUGCCUAGGCAGAGCUUCACCAUUGCAAGCUAACCAAAAUGUAAGAGUUAAUCAAGUCGAGCAGGUCCAUCACCUGGCUAAUGGAUGCCCAUCAGGAAGGCAGAUUCACCUAACUCUAUGCUAAUGAGAUGGGAUGAAUAAUUAUCCCUUUAAUGAGGUCAUGUACUUUUCCUUCCCAGAAUCCCUGCUCUCUGUAAUUUUCAUUUUUUCUUUUUCUUUCUUUUUUUUGGGUGGGGGGGCAGGCCUAAGUCCACACUCUCUAGUAACUUGAGCUGUUUCACUCUCUCCAUGUGACUGCAUGCUAACCCCCUACCUACUCAAAGAAAGCAGGGCUUUCUCUCUUCUUUUUCUCUAUAUCCCUCUUCCAGGCAGGUUUGAUCCCCAAUAACCCAAAGGGUAGAAGGAGAGAACCAAUUCCUGCAAGCUGUCAUUUUACACACACACACACACACACACACACACACACACAUAAUGUAAUUUUUUAAAACCACCCCAAGUAGACCAAUGUCUAUUUAUACCAUAGAAAGAUAAACUGGCCUUAUUAAAAACAACAAUUUAGGGCCGGGCGUGGUGGUGGCGCACGCCUUUAAUCCCAGCACUUGGGAGGCAGAGGCAGGCGGAUUUCUGAGUUCGAGGCCAGCCUGGUCUACAGAGUGAGUUCCAGGACAGCCAGGGCUACACAGAGAAACCCUGUCUCAAAAAACAAAAAACAAACAAAACAAAACAAAACAAAAAAAACAACUUAAGUGAAACACAUAUAUCCUACUUAAUGUGUGCAGCAACCUACUCUUUACAGGGUAUGUGUGUGCUUGCGUGCAUGUAUGUGUGUGUGGAGGAGGGUGGGGUUUGUGGCACACUUCAUGAAGGGAAAGAAGCAAAGGUCAACUGAGUUAAAUGGUCUCAGCACCAAAAUGCUCAGAAGUGAUACCUGAACAGAAGCCCAGAACCAGACUUUAGGAGUCCACCCUCCGCUGUGUGUCACUCCAAUGUGUUUUCUUAGUUCUGUAGAGGAUUGAUUUUUAGCAACAGUGUUUUAAACUCCUUAAAUCUCAAAUACCCAGCAGGUAGGAUCAAGUGUCAGCGCAUCAGCUUUCGUCAAGCUUGCUUUUGUUUUCAGACUGACCCAGGGCUUCGGAGCAAAGCUCCCUGGUGAGCCUAUUCCAACUGUCUUCUAACCAUGGAUAGACUUGAAAAGCUGUAGCGCCUUGUGAGCAUGUGUGCCAGGUCAAGUGCACUAGAGCACCAUAAACAAGCCCUGCUUAGUUACAUGCCAGGCAGAGCUUAGGCAUAGUUAAUGUUUUCUGAACAUCAGUUUCCUUAUCUAAAAAUGGGCUGCCAUUAGGAUCAAGUGGCCUAAUGCUUUUUAAGUGCUUUGAGUAACAUUUGGAACUUAGAGACCCCUCAAUAUACUGAGGAUCUUGGUAUUUUUAGGAUAGUUGUCAGCUCAAUGCAUUUUCUCCUGACUGUUCUUGUGUGGAAACAAGUCAAGAUGUAACAGCCUUCUGUCCCAGUCAGGAUGUGCCUGCAGUCAGGAAGCAUUUUGGCUCUUUUGGGAAAUAAGUGUGCACUAGCUGGUUGUCCACAUCUGUGGUUAGUAUUUCAGAAGUAUUGGUGACUGUGAAUCGACUUGACUUUGAAAUGAUGACCUGUUCUUCUGGGUUGUGAGUUAAUUUAAUUGAAGAAUAAGAAGUUGUAAAAAAAAAAAAAAAAGGUAUAUUUUUAAAGCCAUCAUCUGUGAUGGUUUAUCUUUCUGAAGUAUAUUUCUCAGCACUGUUCAGCUACAGUGAUGUAAUUGUCCUUGACCAUUCUCUCCUGACUCCGUGUGGCUUUGUGUUCCUUGGAAUAACUUCACCAUUGUACUUACCAACAGACUACAGAGUUAAAUGUUACCACUGUGAAGUUACCAAAUAAAUCUGAGUUAGUGAAAUCCUGA